UGCACAUGCCUCAAGUGCACUAUUAUCUUUGUCGGUUUUGGGAUUGCCUGUGUCCGUCGUAAUAUUGCGAGCUUUUACCCAAGUCCCAUUAUCGUGCAUCAAGUUGUUUUUCCUUUUGCAUUUCUUGUGUGCUUAUAAUUCCAGACAAGACUUGCUAGGCUGCAUCUCAUAGGAUGAACAUGUCUGUGAGAAAUCGUAACAAGUUUACCCCAGAGAAGAACACGACAAUGUCUAUUAAAGAGAAGACGACUAGCAUUUCAAGAGCCUUUCUCGUUAUCCGGAUGCUCUUCUUUACCACUGUGAUCGCGUUAAGUGUUCUAAUUGCAACAGUUAUGGUCAAUAACACAACAGGCUGGAUUUCUCCCCACCACAGUACCAACCUUUUGGACAAGCUUUCUUUAAGCCUUGGCCUUCAGGAGCAUGUUUACACGGUUGUUAUUGAUGCUGGUAGCACAGGCUCAAGAGUGUUGGCAUUUACCUUUCAUCGGUCGUUAUCAGGUAAAUACAAAGUCCAUGAUAUUGUGCCUUCUCAGCUAUCUAACUAUAAACAAUUACUUCUUGUAGACCGAAGCGUAAAGCUAGACCAAGAAUUCUAUUCACAUAUCAAACCCGGAUUGUCUUCUUUUGCUGAUGAUCCUAAGAAAGGAGCUGAUUCAAUAAAACAACUUUUAGACAAGGCCAAAAUGGUUGUACCUCCACACCUUUGGCACCAAACACCCCUAGUCCUGAAGGCAACAGCCGGCUUGAGACUUUUACCUGCUGAAAAAGCAAAUCUUAUUCUUGAAGAGGUUCGACGAGUGUUUGAAGAAUCUGGAUUCAUGGUGACUCAACGUUCGGUGAGCAUCAUGGACGGCAUUGACGAGGGAUUGUUUUCUUGGUUUACCAUCAAUUUUCUUCUCGAUCGUCUGCAACAUCCUGAGCAAACCGUGGCAGCACUGGACUUGGGUGGAGGUUCAACACAAAUUACUUUCGUUCCCAAAGAAAAAAGUACAAUGGGAGCCCCUCAAGGAUUUAUCCAUCAAGUAGCCACCCUUCAUCAAAAGAUUGAUGUCUACUCAUUUAGUUACCUUGGGUUAGGAUUGAUGGCAGCGCGAAAACAAAUUCUGUCGGCUGGCCAAGCCGAAGGAGAAUCGGAACUGCGUUCACCUUGCAUCAACCCUAUGGUAAAGAAAGGUUGGACUUAUAGUGGCGUUAAUUACAUUGUGAAAGGAACUCACGAUGUUGACGUCGAGAAAAUCCCUCUGUCCGAGUGGCAAAAGAAAGGCGGUGUGCCUAAAGCUGAUUUUGACGAGUGCCUCAGACUCAGUCGUAGUCUUCUAGAAACUUCUGUGCAUAAACCUGCCGAGCUCAACGACCGCGAAGUGUUGGCCAUUUCGUAUUAUUACGACAGAGCCAGCGACCAUGGUUUGAUAGACUCAUCUGAAGGGGGAGUGUUGACCAUAAAAGAAUUAUUUAAAAUGGCAGAACAAAUUUGUGCCGUCCCGAACCCCGACCAAGCUUUUGCCUGCUUGGAUAUGACCUAUAUUUCUGCCUUGCUUCACCAUGGUUUCGGUUUAGCCACCGAUACCAAACUACAGCUGAGGAAGAAGAUCGACGGCUACGAGACCAGUUGGGCUUUAGGUGCAGCUUUCCACGUUUUACAUAACGGAAUUUAAAGUGCCAGUGAUAGUGCCGUAUCAUACGAUGAUGAGUAAGAUUUUCGUUUUGAACGAGGCCAAGAAAUCUUAACUCUCGGUUUCUCUCAUUGUGUUAUUGAACUUGAGAAUGUUCAUGUGCCUUCCUCUCUGUAUUGUUGGUCAACUACAUUUUUCUCCCCGCUUCCAUUGGUUGCUCCUCGUAUUUUUUCCAUAGUCUGCCCCCUUUUUUUUAUUUUUAACAUUCCUCAACGGCGCUUGAUGUUUGCAACCAAGUGCAAUGCUAUAAGAGUCGACCUUCCCAAAACACCAAUUUCCGUUUGUUCUUUGUUGUCAUUUUAAUUUUUCGCUUAGUCGUAAUUUUUGGAGAUCAAGUAGUCUUGGCUUUUCCUCACAUUUACGUGGUUGGUUACAGCUGUUUUUAAUCAACUGUAAAUAUACGAUAGUUUGAAGGUCAUGGGUCAUGAAAUAAAUAAUAUAAUGAACAGUU